UUUUUUUUUUGUAUUUAUUUUCAUUUCUAAUUUUUUUUAUUUAUUAAUAACGAUUCGUUUGAAAAAGAAAGAUCUAUUUCUCCUUUACGAGAGAGAGAGAAAUACGAUAUUAUACAAUAUGGGGAUCAGUCAGAGUGUCGCGCAACGUAAAAACAAAAUGAUCACAAAACAACUUAAACAGGAUGAGAAAAGGAUGAAUCGGGAAGUGAAAAUCUUACUUUUGGGUGCUGGUGAUUCAGGGAAAUCAACUGUAUUGAAACAAAUGCGAUUGAUUCAUGCUUCUGGUUUCAAUCAUCAAGAACGUGAAGGUUUUCGAAUGAUUAUUUUUUCUAAUAUUGUCAAUGCUAUGCAAACUUUACUAGAAGCCAUGAUGAUGGCUAAAUUGACUUUGGAACAUAAGGAAAAUUGGGAUUAUAUUCCUCUUUUUCUUGAACAACUUCCUACUAUACAGAAACAACAAUCUUUUCCUCCUGAAUAUUUGACACCUUUAAAAUCUUUAUGGCAAGAUAAAGCAAUCAAGAAAACUUUCACUUUGGGAAAUACUUUUGCUUUGAAUGAUAAUGUACAAUAUUAUUAUGAUCAACUUGAUAGACUAUUCCAACCUAAUUAUAUACCCACUGAUCAAGACAUUAUUCAAUGUCGUAUUAAAACCACAGGUAUUGUGGAAACCACCUUUAAUAAUCGAUCCCUUGUGUACCGUAUGUUUGAUGUUGGUGGCCAACGAAGUGAAAGAAAAAAAUGGAUUCAUUGUUUUGAAAAUGUUGCCUCUGUAUUAUUUGUAGUAGCCAUUAGUGGUUAUGAUUGUUGUUUGGCUGAAGAUAAAGAUUCCAUGUAUGAGGCAUUGAUGUUAUUUGAUUCUAUAUGUAAUUCACAAUGGUUCAAAAAUACAUCCAUGAUUUUAUUUUUGAACAAAAUGGAUAUAUUCAAACGCAAAGUUCUUCGAUCAUCGAUCAAUCAAUAUUUCCCUGAUUACAGUGGACCUACUUUAGAUUAUUUGGCAGGCGCAGAUUAUUUUCGGCAUCGAUUUGAGUCCCUCAAUCGAAAUGACAAGAAACAAAUCUAUAUUCAUUUCACCGUGGCCACAGAUACAAAGUUAUUAGCUCAUGUCAUGGGUUCAGUAUCUGAUAGUAUUUUACAUGAAAACUUACAAACUUUACUAUUAUAA